AUGACAUCAAUGCUAGUCGUCAACCCGCCAUCCACGUGUGCCGACGCAUCUCGUCUACUAAUUGGUGAUAAAGAGAGCACGGGCACUACUGUUUCAAUUUCAACCAAGACUCAACCCCAGAAUCAUGAAGCAUUUUAUAGUCGAGUAGACUCCUUCCGUCCAGGACUUUGGAAUGUGUUGGAAGUGAGCCCUCUGGAAUGUGCCAGGUGGGGUUGGCACUUGCUGGAGAAGGAUGUCCUGCAGUGUGUUACAUGCCAGGAAGUGGUUUGUGCCAUCCUUCCUGAUCCUGCUGACAGAGAAGCAUAUUGCAAAUUUUUAAAUCUGCUUAAGCACCGCCUUAGAGAGAGCCACAAAGAAGCUUGUGGGUGGCGUCAUAAUCCGAGCCCAGAAGAGUUGAUGCAGACACCAUGUGCUGAUACUAUUGAAGAGCUACGCAACAUGGCUAACUCUGCCAGUACACUGUCUGCCCUCAACUCGGCGCUCCCUCAUAUUGAUAACACCACAUUAAUGAACACACUGGUAAGGGAGUAUCACUGGUUUAUGUUGCUGAAUAUAUUUCAUGAAGAGUGAUUCAGGUUUAAGCCA